UUGGAAUCCAGAUUUAUUGAUGGCUUGAGAGUGAGGGGGGCAUAGCUACUUCCUUGGGUUUCGAUCCCCUAAACCUCUGGAUGGGCCUUUAUGGACGAAAGAGUGUCUUACAUCCCUUGUGGAGUGGCACUGCUUCUAGGCGAAAGGGCGUAAGUGGACACUCUCACUACACUUACCUGUUGUACACAAGAAAAAUGAGGUACUGUGCACUGCUAACGGGACAGUGGAGGACGGAGCUGGGUGUGCAGGAUAUAAAUCGAGCUUUUGGUUUACGUUUUAAAGUCUCGUGGCACUGUUACAUACUCAAAUUGAAGAGGUGCAGUUUGGGGCGUUACAAGUUUCGUGUUGAACGGGAGAUGAAGUUGAAGGCUUUGGUUUCUGGUGGUGAAAGAGAGAUUGAUGGUGGCUGGAAGGAUGGUUGUUUCCUUCCAAUUGUUAUCAAGGGCAGUGGAAUUGAGGGUGAGGCAGCGAUGAGUGAGCCUUGCGUGGUGGUUCAGAAUGGGGUUUAUGCGACGGUGCUACGGGACGGUGACGCCGACAUUUGGAUUGAUGGUGAAUGGAAACCUGGAGAUUCUUUUCUUCUUUCUCACGUCGUCACUGUGGUUGAUGGCAGAGUGCUGUGAGGGCUGCAUCACCUCCUUGGUUGGGUUGUUGAUGGUGGGUGUCACAAUGUUGGGGCGACAACGGUGGUUUCAGGGUGGGGUGUCGGCGGCGCUGCACGUUGGUUGAUGGCGGCUAGGGUUUCCAUCAGGAUGACAUUAGCUGGGCUUUGCUGGGCUUGGGUUGUUAUUUUGUUUUUUAAUUUUAUUUCUUUUUUGGGUUCAUAUCUUUUUUCAUGAAAGGAUAUUGGACUUUUUAUUAUCUUGCCUUGAGCGAGAGAGAUCGUAAAGGAAAUAGAGACUCGGUGGUCCCUUAAUUGAGACUUAUAUUUUAUU